CUAAAUAAGAAAAUGAGAACAUUUCAACGGGACCAAGAGAGUAACUUAUUAGAUAAAAUAUAUUCAAUAUCAUGUGACACGUAUAUCUCGUCUGGUGGUAGCAAAAUAAAAAAUCAGCUACCAAAAAGACAGUCACUCGAUUGCUUUUAUAAAUAAAAAAUUAUGGGCGUUGAGAGGAUUCAAACCCUAGACCUCUGAUGCUACGGACACAACUGUGACCGCUCAUCUUAUCUUGUAUAUUGUUUUUAAUAGUAUUUGCUACAUAUACACACAUCUCGAUAAGUUAUAUAUAUACAUAAUAUGGAGUAUAUAGGUAUUUCAUAGAAGUCUGUGGAGUCCCGAGACUCCGUGGGAGUGUGGGACACAUAGUGGUUCGGGCCACUGGUCAAACCCGAUCGAAUAAUUAUUUGCGAAGAGCUAAAUUGAACUCGAAACAUCUACACUCUUCGCACCACGUGAGCUAUGCCACGUAGUUUCUAAAAAGUACCGAGUGUGAUUUUUUAGGGUGAUACAAAAGAUGUACAUAAUCAUCUUCUAAUUGUGAAUAGCCCGCAAUUUAGGGAACAUACCAUUAAAGCUAAGCCGAGUCCACUGCGUGUGGAAGGCGUGUUAGCUUUAACUGAACACGGGUCGGCGUUUUUAGUUAAUUUAGUUUUGGUAAUUAUUACGCAGCUCAAAUUAGUCUUCUCUUACCUUUUUUUGGUUGACAAAACGUCAAAACUGUACACUCAUCUUUUCUCUGCCUUUCUCUUUCCCAACAGUCCAUAACCUUACGCGGACGAAUCGACCCGAAUAAAUUCCCCCCAUUCUCACUUUAGGGUUCCAAACCAUCUUCACCAUUAUCCUAUCCCCUCUCUCUUCUCUAUCUGUUUCUGAUACACUUCAAUAUUCGAGUUUAUUCAAAGUUUCAAAUUCUCGGAUUCAUUCAAAGUUCCGCUUAAUCGAUUUGUAUUCCAUAGAGUACAUUUUAUUUAAUUUUCUUCCCGGGAUUUGAGAAAUGCCAGCUACGGAUUACCAAUCGUCUUCAUCACCAUUCACCAGCUUCGGCCGAUCCCUUCUGAGCAUACGCCGUGAUCAGAUGGAGAAUCCUCGCGAAGAAGAAAACGAACAGCUCGAAGCAUUCCAGACGCAAGUGGCGAGUCGUCUCAACGACCUGUUGUCGGCGAAUUCCGGUGAUAUGCUCUCAAUUCCCUGGAUCCAGAAGCUGCUCGACGUUUUCCUCUGUUGCCAGGAGGAAUUCAAAUCCAUCGUCUUCAACUACAAAUCGACCCUGAACAAGCCUCCUCUGGAUCGAUAUGUCUCUGAAUAUUUCGAGAGGAGCGUGAAGGCAUUGGAUGUGUGCAAUGCUAUACGAGACGGACUCGAACAGAUCAAGCAGUGGCAGAAGCAAUUGGAGAUUGUGAUUUGUUCAUUGGAGAAUCAGAGAUGUCUCGGAGAAGGCCAGAUCCGUCGCGCAAAGAAGACCUUGCUUGAUCUCGCUAUUUCCAUGCUCGAUGAAAAAGUCUCCGGCUCAUCCCUUUCCCAGAGAAAUCGCUCUUUCGGGAGAAAUAACAACAACAAUAAUAAAUCACUGGGACAUUUCAGGUCACUGUCAUGGAGUGUUUCAAGGAAUUGGUCUGCUGCUAGGCAGCUCCAAGCCAUUGGUAACAAUUUAACCUCACCUAAGACCAGUGAAAUCCUUUCUUCAAAUGGAUUAGCUUUAUCCGUUUUCACCAUGAGUUACUUGCUGUAUUUCGUAAUGUGGGCCCUUGUCGCCGCAAUCCCCUGCCAGGACCGCGGCGGACUUAACGCCCCUUUCAACGUUUCCAAGUUUUCUUGGUCCGGCCCGCUUCUCGCCCUCCACGAGAGGAUUCUUGAAGCGUCAAAGAAGAGGGACCGCAAGAACUCGUCUUGCGGGCUGUUGAAGGAGAUUCAUGAGAUGGAGAAAUGCACGAGAGGGCUGAUUGAGUUGACUGAAACGGUUGACUUGCCUUUGACUGAAGAGAAGGAGGGAGAGGUGAAGGAGAGAGUGGUCGAGCUGAGGGCCGUGGUUGGUUCGCUCAAGUUUGGGUUGGACCCUUUGGAGCGCAGAGUUAGGGAAGUGUUCCAUAGGAUUGUUCGGUGCAGGACUCAUGGGCUUGACUCCGUUGACCGUUCCACCAUUCAUCGUCAAUGACUCUGGGUUAUCUAUUUGGUUUCUUUUUGUUUUUCAUCCUCUAAAAGUUUCUUAGGGUUAAUUUCUGGUAUUUAUAAUUUGAUACACUGUAUCUUGUAAAGAAAUUAGCAAAAUGGGAUAUGUUAAACUCAGACGAGUUGUGAUUAUUGUUAAAACUCUCGUAUAUGAAUGUAUUAAAGAAAUAUAUGGGUUCAGUUAAAAGAUAAAAUGUGGCUUUGAUACUAUUUAUUGAACAUUCAUUGAAUUGUUGAUGAAGAAA